AUGCCGUACCCAAAGGCCAACCACUUUCUGGUGAAACUGAAGGACAAGUUCGAAAGCCAAGGAGACUGGCUGUUCGUGAAGUGCCCUGUCUCCGGCGCAUGCAGAGACGGAGGGACUUGUUCGGAGACAAUGGGGGACUUUUUGUGCAGCGAGUGCAAAGAGGGCUUUUCGAACAACUUCGAGAGCGAAGAGCUGUGCACUGUCUGUCCCCAAGUGUCUCUAAACGGGUGUCUCCUUUUUCUCUACUACCUGGGGCUGCUGCUCUUCAACAUCGUGAUGGCCUACUUGAAUGUCUCCGCGGGCUUCAACCGGAGGUCCAUCCACUCCAUUGUGAUCAAAAUAGCUUCCAACUUCGUGACUUGCAUAAACUACUCCACUUUGGAUCGCCUCGAAAACCACAGCAUGGCCAUUUGGACUUUCGCCUGCUGCACCGUCGGGCUGAUUCUGGGGGGCGGCUUCUCGGGCUCGGUGAACCUCGCGCUGCUGGUGCUGGUGGUGGUUCCGGUGGUGUUUUUCGUGCUGGAGGUUUUGCUGAACUUGGCCUUCGCCUACUUCGACAACGUGCGGGCCACCAAACCCUUUUUUGGGGUUCCGUUUUUGGGUCUCCUUUUCCAAACCCUCGCCGCCCUUUCCGAAAAGAGAAAGUCCAAAGAGCCCCUCGUGCUUUUCAACGAGCGCGAGGAGACAAUCGAGUUGCUGGCGGCGCGCCGCAGGGGGGCCCUCGCGCGGCUGCUGCGCCCCCGCAGCAGCAGCAGCAGCAGCAGCAGCAGGAGCCGGUAA